AUGGACAAAGAUUGCGACAUGGUAUAUAAGAACAUCUCUGACCUUUACAAAUCCGAAGAAUUUAAGACCUACGACAACUUUGUUUCAUUAGUUGCAAAAUGUGUUUGGGAAAUAAGAGAUAAAGAUAGUAGGGGUAAGGUAUGGAACGAACAAAUAAGACCCGCUAUGUUCGAGAUGAAGAAAACCAUUGACGCCUUAGUUGUUUUAGCAGGUAAGGUUUCAGAAUAUAACGCAAAAAUGAAUCCGCAAUGUUCAAAAUGUAAAGCAGCAAUGAGGAAAUAUAACUACUCCGUCAAAGAGAUAGAACGUAUGCGAAACGACUAUGCAGAUUUAAAGAAAGAAGCAGAAAAACCAGCAGAAGAUAAAAUGAACAUGUUAGAAUUUCUGAACAAAAACUAUCCAACUGCUGACGAUUUCCUUCUAUCUGACGUCAAGAAGAAGUAUAAAGAAACUUUCGGUAUCGUUAAAACUUUUGACAUACUGACAGAAGAAAUAGAAGCUACGAAAUUGUUUAGAGUCAUGAACCAUCGCAACAUAUACCAUGUAAAACGCUUGUAA